AUGAAAAUCCCUCCUUCUUUCCUUCAAACACUCAAGAAAAAGGAGAAAAAUGUCAAAUUUAAGAAGUUCCUCGCCAAGCUUAGCAACCUUUCAAUUAAUAUCCCAUUGCAAAAAGCCAUUCAAGAAAUUUUGGUAUAUGCUAAGCUAAUGAAGACACUGAUGUCCAAAAAUCACCUUAUGGAUGGUGAAACCAUUAAAGUUACCCAUGGUUGUAGUGCUAUCAUGGCUAAUGCUAUGGCAAAAAAGAAAGAGGAUCCGGAAGCCUUCACAAUCCCUUGCACCAUUGGGACAUACAAAUUUGAGAAACUCUUGUGUAACCAUGUGUACUUUAUGGUCCUAGAUUGUGAAAUUGACCAAGAAAUACCCGUUAUCCUCAAGAGACCCUUUUUGAUAAUUGGGAGAGAAAUUGUUGAUGUGGAGAAAGGAGAAAUAAAAUUUUGGGUUCAAAAUGAUGAAGUGUCUUUCUGGAUUCGUGAAAUGGAAAACCAACCAACAGAACUUCAAGUGGUGUCCUUCAUUGAUGUAGUGGACAACGAGGUGGAUGAAGGAUCCCUCAAAGAUAUAACUUAA